GUCAUUCGGAGCGUCAUUGGCAUCGGCCAGCGUCAGCUUCAUAUUUUUUUGUCGACACGCGUAUUCAACCGAUCGGAAAGAGAUGGGACGGCGCAAGAGCAAACGAAAGCCGCCCAGCAAGAAAAAAGCCAUUCAGCCGUUGGAUACGCAAUUCAAUUGCCCGUUUUGCAAUCACGAAAAGUCGUGCGAGGUUAAGAUGGAUAAAUCGAGAAACACAGCCAAGAUCACUUGUAGAGUGUGCCUGGAGGACUUUCAAACGACGAUAAAUCUACUGUCGGAACCUUUAGAUGUUUACAAUGACUGGAUAGAUGCCUGUGAGAGUGCAAAUUGAAACGACGUCACAAAUGUUGUAUAUAGUAACUAUAAACAAAAAACCUUUACGCGUUGGGCAAACAGACUUAUCACUUCUUCAAGAUUGCGACUCAAAAUAUCCUUUUACUUUCAAUAUAUGCUGUACAUCAUGUGUUGUCAAAUGUGUCCACUUCACACAACCGUGCUUUAUAUCAAUACGCACGCACACUACAUUGUCUAAUAAAAUAUAUGAGUUUGAGAAAAUUGUACAAAAUCCAUUUGUAUCAUGGUCGCACUUGACCUUUAAAUUGCCUCGAGAACAUAUUUUUCAAGAGGAAUGUUUUGAAGAGAGAUUCGAGAGAUGUGAACAAUUCCAAUGGAGAAACAAUUACUAUUAAAUAUAUAUUGAUAUUAUAAGUUUUAGUCAUUACUUAUAUUUUAAUACGCAAUUUCUUAACGUAACGAUGAACAUGAUGUGCAAAAGUUUAUUUAUAGCGAUGUAUAUAUACAUGU